ACAGGAAGGACUAGAUUGAUACCAUUGUUUUCACCAUUUUUGAUCCAACGAAGAAAUGCUUCCACAAACCACAAACAGCUUCACAUCGCCAUUCCUAUCCACCUCCCCCACUACCAUUACCAACAACUACUACUACUACUUCAAGAAUAUGAGCCCUACAACCACUGUUUUUCUACCCAAAACCCUGUUUCCUAGCCUUGAGAAAACUGGGUUUUACUCUUCGAGUAGAAUCAGAUCAUCCAAUACGAGGUUCUCUUCUGCUAGAGGCAUAUAUGCUUCUUUGCUUGAAGCUCCUGUUUUGUGGGCUAGCAGGGUUUGCAUCUUCUAUGCUCUCUUGAAGGCUGGCUUGGCUGGGUCUCCUGCUAACCCACUUGUCUCAGAUUUGGAAGCUGGUGGUGAUGAUUUGGGAUUCUCCAAUUGGUUUGACGAGCUACAAGGCAAACCAGAGAGGGAAGCAGCUGACAAAAGGAAAUUAGUGAGUAAAUGGCAUCCUACAACUAAAGGCACACUUAAGCGGAACUACAGAGUACCUUCCAAAUCUGAAGGGCGGCGUCUUCUUAAAGCCAUUGCUUCCUUGCUAUCAGAUGAUGAUCAUUUUAGAGAUGCCACUUCCCACAAGGGUUGUCAGAUUAGGAGGGAGAGUGCUCAUGGAGAAACUGUUUGUUGUAACAAUGUGAGGGCAUUGUUUGAUGAGCUCCCCACUCCACAUUUGGUUGUGGAAAUCACUUCUUUUCCUGCUGGUCCUCUUUCAGAAAAUGAUUACACCAAAGCUGAGAAAUUGGAGAGGGUGCUCAGGUCUAGUCCUUCUGUUUGAUUCAUUUUUGCUCUUUGGCAUCCUAAACUUUUCUGUAUGUAUCUGAUCAAUUGCGUGUACAUAUUCAUAGUACGAACAGAAACUUGUGAUGUUGUUUACACUUUUAGCAGUCUAACUAAAUCAAUUUGGCUACAUUUCGAGGAUGCAGUAUGCUUUUUUAUAUUUCAUGUCAUAACUUGUAGCAUCUGAUUAUGCUUAGAAUUUCUAUCAAAGCAAAAAAAAAUUAUGGUUAGAAUACCAGCAGGCUCAGGUCUUCUACAGCUUGAAGCACGAGUAAUGGACGCCAACCUCUUUUCUUCGUGUGUCCUUGAUAUGACCCCCAUUGAAUAUGGUUACAUGAUAUUGGUUUCGACAUUGUCCAGAAGUUAAUAUUCAUCAUCCGUGCUGCGUCUCAGGGGUACCAGCAUAUUUAUUACUUUACGGCUUCUUCCUUUAUAACUUUUGUAUCAUGGCUGUAUGCAUCUUGCGGCAUUGUUCUUGAAAUCCUGUUUUGUGGGCAGCUUGUGCAUUUUGGUUGAUGUGGGAAAUC